UACAGUUUGCGCGCGAAAAGCGAAAGGUUCCCCAUAGAUAAAAAAAUCGUGCGUUCCCAAAACGUGUGUGAAGUUUUGAUUAUUUAUUUAAUUUUAUACUUGUGUUGCGUUUUUGUUUUAUUGUAGUCCUAAGUGAUUAGAACAAUAACUGUAGCCUGUGUCAUGUGGCUCGGUGUGUUGACUACGCUUAGUGUAUGGAGUUACGCACACACAAACCAGGGGAACCAAAUCCAAAAUGGCGGGCAAUGGGGCUGGGACAUGCGGACGAGUGGGCCGCAAACUGUGGGACAUUAUUUCGUCAAACUACCUGAGUCAGAUCAACACGUACGAUACAUAGCCGACGGUAGCGGUUACCACGGCGCAGUCAGUUUGUCCACAAACGGACACCACACACAUACGUCCAAUUUUGCUUUGGGACAGAGGGCUAUUGAUUUGGAUCAGAUAACUUCUCAAGCCUACAGUUCAAAAAUACCAAACGAGACGCAAGAAGCAAGCGCUACUUCGGACCUCAGAGCUCAGAAUCCGCUUGAAAUAUUUCUUCUACAAACUCAAUUUCCAGCCCCUACUUUACAAUCCAACCAAGUGUUCCAAAUAAUACCGGAACAAUUACAAAAUAUACAAUAUCCCAAUUAUCCUAAUCCCAAUUUAUUUUAUAACGAACUACCUAAAUCGGAAUUUUAUAACUUCCGUGUAGAACACGAUGCAAAUAAUAAUGUUCAAACUGCUCCAAAUACUAAUUAUCAAAUAAACGAAAAUAAAUAUACAGAAAACACGAAAUUCAAUACAAACCAAAACGAUAAACAAAAUAUUGAAUUGGUACAAGUAUUUAAAAAUCACAAUUGCACUAACGAUGAAACGAAACACACACACGAACCGAAUGAAUACUUAGAAAUUCCCAAUAAUGACGUCACUACAGUACAUGGAGAUUAUGGUGCUAAAGAAAAUUCGCCUUUGUCAUAUCGCGGUACAGUUCAUUUUCAAGUAGACCCACCAACAAAUGAAAGAAAUGAAAGAUUACUUUAUUCAACAACUACUAGACCAAUUACAUUUACUGAAGAAGAAGGAAUAUCGCGCUUAGUAGCUUCUACACAAGACUUAAUAUCGAAUGAAGAUCUUUUGAAAAUAAAUCAUGCUGUAGAAAGAUCCGUUUAUUCUUUAAAUGAUGAUUUAAUUAAACCCCGCCAUAGAUACAGUGCUAGAUCUCAAGGUUACUUUGAUUCUAAAAGAAUUACACCACAAAAUCAACACACUGUCUCCACUAAGUAUGGGAAUAUUGUAAAUACAAAGACUCGACACGAUAGUAAUAGAAACCAAAAUCAUAUACAGAACAAUGAAUACAAAUUUAAUACACCAAUAAUUGUAGAAGAUUCGAAUAAGGACAGUUUCAAAGACAAAGCUAUUAAUAAUUUUAUUUCAACCAUGGUACCGUAUAUGGAAAACGGUUAUGAACUAGUAGCAGUUAAAAAUAGUUUAGACGAAAAUAACUCUAAUAAUAAUGAUGAAAAUUUGGUAAAUAUAACUCCACGACCAAUAAGCCAGAAUUAUUUAACACCAAUAACAGUUGCUUUACGACUUCUAAAUAAUGAUACAAAUGAUAAUAAUCUAGAGGAUUAUGAAAUUUCGGAAAGCGAAAAUAUACCAAAAACUGUUAUUCCUAAAAAAGAAAGAACCAUUAUAGAAAUACAACAAUCGAUACCAUUAGAAAUAACACAUAUAAAUGAUGUUGAAUAUCAUGAGUAUUUAGAAGAAGGCAGAAUGAAUGAUAGACGACCCCAAAAUUAUGCUAAAGCAUUAUACGAACAGUAUAUGUCUUUGCAAGAAAACGAAAGAAAUCAACAAGAACAACAAAAACACAAUUCACAAGAAAAUCACGAUAAAUCUAACGAUAGCGAUGGAGCCGGUAAUGCAUAUACUGAAGUUAUCAUAAAACCAAAUGAGUCAAAUCCUAGAAAUUCGUACGAAUCUAAUAAAAAUUACAACAACGACAAAGUAUUACAACCGAUUAUAAUAGAAAAAGAGGUUCCAGUAACAAAAUACGUAGAUCGAUAUAUAGAGAAGAAAGUCCCUUAUCCCGAACGAGUAGAAGUGGUCAAGCAAGUGCCGGUCGAUAGACCUGUACCAUAUCCAGUUAGAUACGAUACAAUUGUGGAAAAACCUGUAGAAGUCACUAGAUACGUCGAUAAACCAUACCCUGUCGAAGUUUUAAAGCCCUAUCCUGUCGAAGUGCGUGUACCCUAUCCUGUCGAACAUAAAGUAUAUGUGGAUAGACCAGUUCAUGUACCCUACGCAGUGGAAAAAGUAGUGGAGAAAAACGUUAUACAUCCUAUAGCUGUACCCACGCCUAUAGCUGUCCCAGUUCCCGUUGAACAUAAAGUGUUAUACCCAAUUCCGGUCGAAAAACAUAUUCACAUACCGGUACCAGUAGAGAAACCGGUAGAAAAGAUCGUUCACAAAGAAGUCCCUGUACCCUACCCGGUAGAAAAGAAAGUACCCUACCCUGUACCUCAAGAAGUACAAGUACCUGUGCCCUACCCAGUGGAAAGGCGGAUUCCUGUACCCGUAGAAAAGAUUGUGGAAAAACCAGUGACAAAAAUAGUCGAAAGACAUAUAAAAGUGCCCGUACCCCACCCUGUGCCCUACCAAGUACAUGUACCCAAACCGUACCCAGUGGACAGAAUAGUCGAGAAGAAAGUACCCUAUCCAGUACAUAUAGAUCAUAUUGUAGAAAAAAAAGUACCUAUUCAAGUGCCCUAUCCAGUUAAAACUGUGGUCGAGAAAAUCGUGGAAAAACCAGUUAUAGUUACGAAAUACGUUGAUAAACCGUACCCCGUUGAAAAAAGAGUACCCUACCCCGUAGAAGUUAAAGUACCCUAUCCAGUGGAAAAAGAACAAAAACAGGAUUUUCCGUACCAAUUUGAGAAAAUAGAUCCGACGAUAUAUUACGGUUAUGGAAAUAGCGGAUAUACGCAAAAUGGAGGACAUUAUAUAAACUAUAUUCCGUUACAAAAAGUAUCGACACUACAACAGACGAAUCAAAACUAUCAAACGGAACAAAGUAAUCAAAAUUACCAAACGCAACAACAAGCUGAAUCUCAAAGAAAUUAUCAAAUACAAAAAGCUAGUGAUGAAUACUUAAAAAGUUUGAAUAAAACACCCGUUUAUUCCACGCUAUGGGGCAACCAAUACGCUUCGUCAUACACGUAUAUAAAUGCUACAAAUAAUACAAAUUUACCAACAAAUAAUAUUCCAAAUGAUCAGAAAUAUUUCGGACCUCCACCAACGAAAGAAUACAAUUUCACAUGGGAAAGAAAUCAAGAAUUUGAUAGACAAAGAAGAACAGAUAGAAUUCCUAAAAUGACCAAUUUACGAAUAGAAUAUGGCGGCUUCAAACCACCUUUAGUACCAAGUACAGAAGUCGAUUUAGAUGGCAACCCGAUAAAUAAAAAACAAUAACCAAAAUUUACAUAAUUUGUUUAGGGAAUGAAUUUUAUCAUCGCUAAGGCAAUGUGAUAUUUUAGUAUCACCAAUUAUUGAUUUAAACUUCGACUUUAAAAAGCUUUAAUAUACCUACUUACUGUUAUUUCUAGUAAAUAAUUUAGUUAUUAGUUAAUUAUGUAACUUAUUUUAAAAUACUGUACUUAUAAGAAAAUACAAAUGUUGGUAACAAAGUAGAUUGUAAGGUAUUGUAAUGACUUAUGAAUAUAAAACUAAUGCUCAAAUAUGUUAUGUUGUUGAAAAUAAAACUAUGAAAUUAA